AUGUCUCCUAAAUUACCUCCUAAACUUAGAAAGUUUGAUUCGGGAUAUGAGAAACGCAAGAAAAAGAAAAGAAUUAAUGAGCUAACUCAAUCUCAAGCAGGAGCUCUCGAUAAAUUUCUUAUAAAAAAACCACAAAUUCCAAUUGAAAAUUCAAAUGUUGAUAAUGUUAAUUUAAGAAGUUUUGAAGAAUUAGUUUUAUCUGAAACUAUGGAGGAUAAUAUUGAUCAAUUAGAUGCUGAGUAUGUUGAUAGUGUUAAUGAUAUUGAUUUUGAUACUACCAAAAUUGAUCAACUAGAUGUUGAUUUAGAUGCUGAGAAUGUUGAUAGUGUUAAUGACAAUCGUAAUGAUAUAUUUGAUCCAAGAAUUUGGGAUUCCCUUGAGUCUAAAAUGAUUGAUUUAUUAGCUUCAAAAGGUCCUAGAAGAGAUUUCUCUAUAGUGAAGGGUCCUAAAGAUAAAUCAUCUAGGCGUUUUACGACAAAUUUAGGUCAAUUAGCAAAUGAGGGUUUUGGUGAUUGGGCACAUGUUGGUGAAAGGCUUAGAGAGCACGAGAAAGGCAUGGAACAUGUUAAGAAUAUGACUACGUGGUAUGAGUUGCGUCCAAGAUUGCAAAAUUUUCAAACAAUUGAUAAAACAUCUCAAAGAUUGAUUAACAAAGAAAAGGAUCAUUGGAAAAGUGUUUUAAAAAGAAUUAUUUCAAUAGUGAAAUUUCUUGCUAAACAUAAUUUGGCCUUUCGUGGUUCUAAUGAGAGAUUGUACCAAAAAAGCAAUGGGAAUUUUUUGGGUUUAAUUGAAAUGUUGGCUGAAUUUGAUCCAAUUGUCCAAGAACAUGUUAGACGUAUUACAAAUGAUAAUAUUCAUGUUCACUUUCUUGGACAUAACAUUUAA